AUGAGAUUCAAGUUGAAGCCUAAGCUGAUCUAUCCCAUGGAGCCAAUCAGUCCUUACCCAGGGUCAUGUCUUAUCAUCAAAGAGGCAGUCAUAUCAACGAAUAUUAAUAGACUCGACUCGAGGCCAGCAGGACCGGUGAAUCUCAGGUCCCAUUUAAUUCUGGCCAAUCAAUGCACGAUACCGCCCCCCCCUACUGAUUACGGAUCGACCCCGACCACCUUCCUCUCCCUCGGUACUGUCUUCCUCGUCGCAUGCGCUGCCAAAUCAAGUCCCGCAUUUCUAUUAUCGGCCAUGGCGGACGAGCUUCUUUUAUAUGACGGAGAAGUGUCUGCUACAAUUGCUGGUUUUCCAACCAUAUAUCACUUUCAACCCAGUGCAAAGUUAGCACAGUCUGAGGGGCAUAAGCCACUAAUAGUUUGCAUCCCCGGGGCUUGUCAUCUGGGAAGGAUAUUCUAUGGUGGGCAUGAAGGAUCCAACUCAAGAAACUUCCUAGCAUACCAACUCAGUCAACUUGGAUUCAAUGUCCUCUCCCUUUCAUAUCCGCUUGAAAUCGGUGAUCUUAUGCCCACAACAGCCGCAUAUUUUCGUAUCCCCGACUGGGGUCGACAGGCUGCAGUCACUACAAAGAAGGUUAUAGAUGAAAAAGGUCUUACGACACGCUCAAUUGUGUUGAUGGGUUGGAGCAUGGCUGGUCGCAUGCCAGUACCAUUCAAUAUCACGGCAAAAGAACUGGGGUUAGAUGUCCAGCAAUUUAUCAGUCUCUCUGCUACGCCUGGCAUAUCGGGCAUUCGAGCAGCUACUCCACGCCUUCCGUGCAGCGAAGCUGGUUACUUCUCCAUGCCACCUCGCCUGGAAGAUUUUUAUAAACAAUUGGAAGAAAUGGAGGCUUUGAACGGCUGCAAAGAUAUAAUCCCUCGAGGUAUAUAUUUGCGGGAGUAUACAGGGGGGAUGCCUGUCAGCCUUCAGGCGUAUGGAUUAAAGUAUGCCGGCAAGGGCUCUUUCUCGAAAGAUGAUGUUGUUCAUGAACAUGAAACAAAGGUCUUCGAUAUUUCAAACCACGCCCUCAUAGCAGCCCUAUAUCCCACCAGUAUACUGGAUCCGGUACACGCGCUCACAGACAAAACAACUUGGGGCUUCCUUAUGACCCUCAAACUUGAGUCCAGGGUGAGACAGAUCCUGUCCUCGGUGGAUGGACCUCCAGCUUGGCAAAAGCUGAAGGACUUGAUAGAAUCUGCGCCAAAUAGGCUGUGCUUACCUGUGUCUGGUAAUCAUUUCUUCUUCGUCGGAGAAGAGUCUGCUCGAGGGGCCGCAGAAGCCGUUUGCAAACUUAUUGAAGAGACUAGAAAAUUUCAAGAGGAAUUGUACAAUCUAAGCGGUACUUAG